CUAGAACAGAGUCUGCUUGUGAAGGGCAGCAAUCACCCUUCGUGCUGGGGCUUCCCAGGAGGUGAGCUGGGCUAGGCCGCACCUCAAGGCCCUGGUGCGAACAGAGCACAGGGACAUGAACGCUCUGCCACUGAAGCUGGUGGUCGGUGCUUGGCCCAGUGCCAGGGUGAGGAUCCAAGGGCAGGAGAGUGCCAGGCACAUUGAUGAAGUUGCCAUGGAAACGUCAAACAGGAAUGUUACCAGCCCGACCCGCAAAGUCCAAGCAGUCAUCCAGAACAGUCCUCUGGACCUAAUAGACAUGGGCAAGGGGCUGAAGGUCCAGACCGACAAGCCACAUCUGGUGAGCCUGGGCAGUGGCCGGCUCAGCACUGCCAUCACCCUCCUGCCCCUAGGAGAGGGGAGGACGGUGAUUGGCUCGGCCGCUAAGGACAUUGUUCUGCAGGGGGCUGGGUUGGCCUCUGAGCACUGCUACAUCGAGAACGUGUGUGGGACCCUCACCCUGCACCCCUGCGGGAAUGCCUGUGCCGUUGAUGGCCUGCAGGUUAAGCAGCCCACUCGCCUGACCCAAGGGUGCAUGAUCUGCCUGGGGCAGUCAACCUUCCUCCGGUUUAAUCACCCUGCUGAGGCCAAGUGGAUGAAAAGCAUGAUCCCAGCUGCAGAAAGGAGUCCUGGGGCCCCAUAUGGACUCACGGCAGAAUCGGAGAGUCUAGUGAAUGGCAACCACCAGCUGUCUCUGAAUGAUGUCCAUAAGGGGCAGGGAGUGAGGCCCCGGCCCAGCCACAGCUCCCUGGUCAGCUCCAUCGAGAAGGACCUGCAAGACAUCAUGGACUCUUUGGUGAUGGAGGACUCGAGCUGUCCCAGGAAAAAACUCUCUGCCAAUGCCCAGUCCCCUGUGUCCUCAGUGGUGAAUGGUGGUGGGCACUACUUCUUGUCCCCACCCUUGAGCCCUGGGGCCAUGUCUGUGGGCUCCAGCUAUGACAACGCAUCCCCGCCCUUCUCCCCGCUUUCGUCCCCAGCCAGCAGUGGCAGCUGCACUAGUCACUCUCCCAGUAGCCAGGAGCAGGGGCCGCCCAUCCCCCCAGUGGUGCCAGUGAGAUCUUCCAGCUACAACCAUGCCAUGCAGCCCCCACAGCAGCGGCCACCUCCACCUCCAUGUGGGGGCUCCAGCCUGGACCUGAGGAGCAGCACCAUAGGCACUAGUGGGACACAUCUUGCAGAGAGUCCCAAGAUGCAAAGGAGGGCAAAGCAUGGCAUUCCCCUGAGCCCCAAGCCUGGCCAGAGAGCCCUGCACCCUGAAGGCCCUGGGCUUUCAGCCUUCUCCAGCACCCGGAGAGCUGCUGAGAGCACACAGCUGGGCCAUCCUAACCAAUAUGUGCCCCUGGUGUCUGUAAGCCGGAGCGACUAUGUAGCAGGGAGCCCCCAGGCUCAGCCUACCAACAUCCCCAACAGCCCCCGGCUGGCACCCAAAUUUCAGUCACCGUCUUCUCAGAGGUUGAAAAUUGUGGCUCUUCAAGAGCGUCCACCCAGCCCCUUCAGGGAGGGCAGGGAGCCCCCUGGCAUUGACAGACACCUGGCCUCCAGCCCCUCCCAGCAGGUGUUGGCAAGAGGCUUCCAGCCACUGGAGACUGUGGGUUUCAUCCGCGUCAAUCAGGACAGCCGCUCUCUGCAGCCCCCUGAGAGUCCCAGAAUGGGCAGAAGGAGCGUGGAGAGCAUGAGGGAUUUGCCUCCCCUCAGCCCUUCCCUGUCUCGCCGAGCAGCACCCCUGCCCUCUGCCUUGUCUCCCCAAGCAAGGACCCCCCAAGAGAGUCCCUCACAGCAGACCAAACUGGCCAAGGAAGUUCCUGAGAGCCCUCGCAUCCGGCGCAAGGCAGCCAGACCCCUGGAGAGGCAUGAAGACUUCUCCUCCUCGUCCUCCUUGACAGGGAAGAAUUUGAGAACUAGGAGCCCCUCACCCAUCUUCCAGGCAGAACUUGCCUCCCAGCGUAAGCCCAGCUUUGGCAUCACCCUCAGCCCUGCAUACAGCCUGGGAUCGCUGGUUGUGCCCUCGCCCCGUCAGAGCCCCCGGGCACAGAGGAAGCUGUCAGGAGACCUGCGGCUGCCUGUGAGUACGAGGGAGCGCAAGAACAGCAUCACUGAGAUCAGUGACAAUGAGGAUGACCUGCUAGAGUAUCACCGACGCCAGCGCGAGGAGCGGCUGCGUGAGCAGGAGAUGGAGCGCCUGGAGCGCCAGCGCCUGGAGACCAUCCUGAACCUGUGUGCGGAAUACACCAGAACUGAUGGCACCACAGACACAGGCAACUCACACCAGCACUUCCCGAGUGACGGAGAUGCCACCAUCAACAUCCUGACAGCCAGGAGGCACUCCAAGGGCUCAGCCAGCCUGGCUGCCUUGGGCCUUGGCAAGGCCAUAGAGGAGACUGGAGAGGCCACAGGGCCCCAGCAGAGGGAGAGCCUGGAGAAAUCAGAUGAGGAGAAUCUGAAGGAGGAAUGUAGCAGCACAGAGAGCACGCACCACGAGCAGCACGAGGACUCGACAGGCUCCAAGACCAAGGAGGCUGCCCUGCUGGAGGAGGAAUGGGUGCGGGUGCUGGGCCACGUGGAUGAGCUCAAGAGCCAUGUCAAGGAGCUGGAGCAGCAGCUGCAGGAGUCGGCUCAUGAGGCGGAGAUGGAGCGGGCAUUGCUGCAGGGGGAGCGGGAGUCAGAAAUGAUACAGCUGCAGCAGGAACAGAAGAUCGUGCAGCAGCUGCAAGAGAAACUCUGCGAGCUGGACUCCAGCAUCCAGAAGGAGCGGGACAAGCAACAGAACCCUCUGCUGGUGCCCCCUCAGAACUGCAUAUCCACACAGGGACCUAUCUCAAGGAGUCUUGUUGGAGAUGAUCCAUUCCCGUGCAGGAAGGAAAGGGCAAAGGUUGAUGCUGAAAGGAAGGAGCUGGAGAAACUCCAGGCGCUUUACAAUGAGUCGAAGAGCCAGCUUGAUAACUGCCCUGAGUCAAUGCGGGAGCAGUUACAGGACCAGAUGAGAAGGGAGGCAGAGGCCCUGGAGACGGAAACCAAGCUGUUUGAGGACUUGGAGUUCCAGCAGCUCGAAAAGGAGAGUCGCUUGGAGGAGGAGCGUGAGACCGUGAGCCAGCAGCUCCUGCAGAGCAAGGCUGAGUGCCACCGCAGUAUCGCCAAGAGGAAGGAGCGGGUGGCUGCAUUGGAAAGCCAGGCCAAUCACAUCCGGCUCCAGGCUGCCCAGGACUCUGAGCGCCUUGCCAAGGAGAAGAAUACCAUGCUGCAGCUGCUGCAGAAGGAGAAAGAGAAGCUUGUCUCCCUGGAGAGACGGUACCAUCUUGUUACUGGCGGCAGGAGCUUCCCCAAAACAUCAUCUGCGCUCAAAGAGGAAACACUUCAUAUCUCAGAGCCUUAUGACCUGUUAGAGGAAACUAAACCCCAGAAUCCCCUGCUAGGGGCAAGUGCUUCCUUAGGUCCUUUCUCCGCCCACUCUUACCCCAAGAUGCAAGAGGAGUCCAUGAGGCUGUCUGACGUUUUCAGAUUCUACUGCAAUGUGUACGGCCCUGGCCAGGACACUAAAGCUUCUGCUGUUGCCACUGCUGCUGCUCCACUCUCUUUCUUGCUUGCUGUACCUCCUGCAGCCAAUGAGUAUGUGACUGUUGACCAGCUCUCAGGGAUUCUGGGCAAUGUCAGAGCUGACCUAGGGCUGGCCCCUCCUGCUUCCCCAUUGGGCCAUCACACUUCAGGCUUCGCCCCUCAAGUUGCUUCGUCUGCAGGCUGCCUUCCUUCUCCUGCGCCACCUCUCUCCUCUUCCUUCAUCUCUGCUGAGAUGGAGAAGCAGCUUCAGGGGGGCCCAGUGCAGCUUUCUGCCCUGGAUUUAGAGAAGUGGUACAUGGCUCGCUUCGAGGCCUCCUCCCCUGCCUCUCCUCACUCCUCCCCUCCUCCUCUUCCUGCUAAAGCUCACUCUUCUCGAAAGCUGUUCCAGGUCUAUCGUGCUAAGAUGGACAGCGACACCGGCAGCACCCUCCCACGCACAAAGAGCGGGUCUGCAUCAUCCUUGCAGCUCAGUGUGGCCACGCUGGGACGCAGCUCCUCCCCAAAGGGUCCCCUGCACCCACAGAAUGGCACAGGUAGCCUGCCACGGAACCUGGCAGCCACACUGCAGGACAUCGAGACCAAACGCCAGCUGGCCCUGCAGCAGAAGGGGCAGCAGGUGAUUGAGGAGCAGAAGCGGCGCCUGGCGGAGCUGAAGCAGAAAGCGGCUGCUGAGGCACAGUCCCAGUGGGAAGCCCUGCACGGGCAGCCUCACUACCCCCCUUCUUCCUACCCUCCGCUCAUGCAUCACUCCAUUCUCCAUCAUCAUCCUCCCCAUGGCAUCGGGCACCGGGCCGAGGACAUGGACCACGCCUAUGACACACUCAGCCUGGAGAGCUCAGACAGCAUGGAAACCAGUAUCUCCACUGGUGGCAACUCAGCCUGCUCGCCUGAUAACAUGUCCAGUGCCAGUGGGGUGGAGGCAGUGAAGAUCGAGGAGAUGGAGAAGAUGCUGAAAGAGGCCCAUGCAGAGAAAUCUCGCCUGAUGGAGUCACGGGAGCGGGAGAUGGAGCUGCGGCGACAGGCCCUGGAGGAUGAGCGCAGGCGGCGGGAGCAGCUGGAGCGGAGGCUGCAGGAUGAGACGGCUCAUCGGCAGAAGCUGAUUGAGAAGGAGGUCAAGAUGCGAGAGAAGCACUUCUCCCAGGGCGGCGACUGCCAUUGGGGUGGCACUGACGAGGCUGCGUUGCUUCUCCAGGCACGGCCCCUGACCAGGUAUCUCCCCAUCCGCAAGGAGGAUUUCGACUUGAAGACACACAUUGAGUCCUCAGGCCACAAUGUGGACACCUGCUAUCAUGUCAUCCUGACCGAGAAGAUGUGCAAGGGCUAUCUGGUCAAGAUGGGUGGCAAGAUCAAAUCCUGGAAGAAGCGUUGGUUCGUCUUCGACCGUAUGAAACGCACAGUCUCCUACUACGUCGAUAAACAUGAGACGAAGCUCAAGGGAGUGAUCUAUUUCCAAGCCAUAGAGGAGGUUUAUUAUGACCAUCUCCGCAGUGCUGCUAAGAAAGGACUUUUCAACCUCAGCCUAGCAAAUGUAUGUAUCCCGCCCUCUGCUGUGCCAAGCACUAACCCUGCUUUCACAACGGGUUCCCUUUAACCCUUUACUGCCAGGAGUGCUCUAACCUGCGCUGUGUUGGUACUAACAGCAGAACCCUCAGGCUGCUAGUCCUGGGACCAGGGAACCCUGGGGUUCAGGUGCAACCAGAACCAGCCUUGUUCCUUCAGAAAGCCCAUGCGCUCAGCCACCUGUCUCUCUAACCUAACCACACCAGCGCCCCCCCCCGCUCACUUCCAUCCCCAAACCCCUCUUCCUGGGGGAUGGUGCCUUGAGGCAAUAAAGUGGCUGCAAGUGACCUUGGAGUCCCUGGGGAGUGAUGAUGCAGACUUUGCACGGGUGAAGGCCCUUUCCAUUCCUGGAACCUUGGAGCAGCUAGCAAUGCUCCAUCAGCACUGAACAAGCUGCCAGGCACCAGCCCCUGAGGUGCACAACAGCUGGUCCCCCCUCACCAUGAACAUAGCUGAGCUCUGGGGCCCCCAGUGACUGGACGAGCAAGGGCCAAACUCAGUGUGUUUUUAACACGUGACUUUCACCUGAGGGGAGAAAUUUCUCAGUUUAAAACCAAAGUUGUGAAAGCUGCUACUGGCAGGGUGGUGAAGCAGGGCUGCACUGAGCUCUCUGUUAAGCCCACCCAUUAUAGUUUUGCUGGCUGGCUUUAAAAUUAGUAACAAGUGUGGAAAAAUAGCUACCAGUGUCCACCUCUGAAUUCCAGCAGCCUUCACCUGGCGCCAAAGGAGAAAUUUCAGCUAGAAUCUGCUAUGGGGAAAUGAGGAAAACAGAUGUAGAAGUAUCUGGAAGCACGUCGCGGGGGGCAGUAGCAAGAGCCAGCAUAAUUCUAUCUGAAGAUAAUGCAGCCUGCUGCAAGUACAGGAGAGUGGAACCACCUUGACCCCUUGAAGGUGAAGAAGCUGCCACUGCUGUUGGGCUGAAGAGAAGGUAGUGUGACUCCAGGAGCAGGCAGGACUAGGCCCUGAGCCGCCUGCCAGCGGAGUUGAUUGAAAAGUCUUGUUGGCCUUUGACAGAGCUGGAGAGUCCCAUAUGCUGCAGAAGGGGAACAUCUCUUUACUUUGCACUGAGCUGUAAUUCCAUGCUAGCAGCAUGGGGGGAACUCUUUUCAGCACUGUCUUCCCUGGGGCUGCCUAUGGCUGCAGUGGGAGUGUGGCUGACUUCGACAGCUUUCUGAAUGAAAUGAGAGUGACUUUUCAGACCUCUGGUAUAGUGGAGCAGGGUUCAGAUACUCAAGGCUGGGGUCACAGAAGAAUCACAUCCAAGCCUGAGGGACAACCAUCAGGCCCUUGCAUCGCUGUGAAACACUCAGACCCUGAAAUCCCACAGGGCUGGCUCCAGGUCUUCAUUCUUCUGAGGCCACUGUACUGAGUUGCAGGCGGGUCACUCCAUGGGGGUGUGUCUUGGAUGAGAACUUGAAGCCCAAGGGCCAUUUCAUUCUGCCUGGACCUCCAUCUGCAAACAUCGCGCCUACAGUUUCUGCCUUCUUAUCUCUGCCUCAUUGCAGAGAGCAAGGGAAAUUGGCAGGGAUGAGCACAGAAGACAGCAGAGCCAUGUCUGAGGAGAGCAUGGUGGCAAGGAACUGCUAGGGCAACAACCCAGAGGAAAAUGGACGUCCCUGCUUCUCCUUGGGAAGCCUGAAUAGCAUUUCCCUAGCUGGAGAAGACAAGACUGGGGAGGUGGUGAUAAGAACUGUCUGGUGAAAGGAGGUGGGGCUCUCACCUGGAGCCCAAGGAAGGAAGUCAAACGGAGGGAGACAGAGUUUGAACCCAGGAGUUCACUACAGCCUGCCUAGGCUCGGGGCUUACCAGAAUGGCCUGUGCUUCAGGUCUCUGUGCUGCCUAGGCGGAGUUCCAGCUGACUAAUCAAGCCAACUAUUUGGACUCUAUGGGAGUGUCAAUGCAAAUGCUUGGCGAGGUACGUUCAUCCCUGAGGAGCUGACGAGUCUCUGGCAGGGCUCUGCCUUGGGUGAACUCACUGAACAGAGCUCAAGGGGUGAGGCAGGAGUGCUGCAGGCCCACAGGUUCAGCCUAAGGAGGCGGUGAAACUGUGGCUUACCCUAGCAGGAGAGUGAGUCUGACACACUGAAGGGGUUCUUCCUAGAGUCCAUUCCAAAGGUGAGGCCGUAGCACUGAUCCUAUGGAUCUGUGACCCCUUUACCCAGCGGUUACGGUGCUCAUCUGUGAUGGGGGGACCCUGCUUCAAUAUCCCCCUCUGCCUGGUUAGGAGAAGGGAUGUGAAGGGGGACUGCCCAGGUGAGUGCUCUAAGCUAUGGGCCACAGAAAUGUGGGAGACCUCCCUCAUGCUUGCCUCUUGAAGCUGUUCUACUUGGCUUAACUAUUUUCUGGGCCAGCCUAUUGGAAAGACUCCCUCUAUAGUCUGGUGAUUAACCUCUGUGCCUGGCGUGUGGGAGCUGCUGGUUCAAGUCCCCCAUUGGCCUGUGGAGAGAGCUCUCCACUAGCCCAGAUAUGGGCUUUGGUCGUUGGUGUAUGUAGUGCUCAUGGGCCUCCUGACUCUUGCCUCUUGAAGUUGUUCCACUUGAUUUAACUAUUCUUCGGGCCAGGCCAAAAGCCAGAGUCACUCUUUAGUCCAGUGGUUAGGGUACUAGCUUGGGUUGUUGGAGAGCCUGGUUCAAAUGUUCAGCAGGAGUUUGCACAGGGAUUUCCUGCCUCCUCAGUGAUUGCCCUUUGGGGUGGAACAUCCAUGUCUGAACCCCCUCCCUUUCUCAGGAGGCCAUUGUCACCUUGGGACAGGGAGGGGAUUCAGACAGGGCUUGCCCAUCUCUGACUCUCCCUGAGAGGUGCAAGAUCCCAGUUCACACCCCUCAGCAGAGAAGGGGAGUGACCUGGGGUCUGCCACAGCCUGGGUGGCUAGCCUCUGGGGACAAAAGAGUGAUUUGGGUCUUUUGUAUGGCCACCAUUACUCAUUAAUUAAACCAGCAAGAGCUGUUCUGUAUAGUCCAUUGCCAAUUUACAAGGGCCUGCACCUCAGGCACCAGACCCUCUCCACUGAGGCAGACAGAGAAUUUGAACCAGGGUCACUCACAUCCCAGAGAAGUGCUCUAACCCCCCAUACCAUCAAGAGCCGUGGAGGCAGACUUUGGCCCAUUUAUUAUGUAGUUAAAGUGGACCAGUGUCAAUAGAAAAGACUGAGGGAACCCUAUGUCAGAAUACCUCCCAGGUUGGCACUUAGGCCCUUCACUUGAGAGGUAAGGGAGCCUGCUUCAAAUCCCAUCUCAACCAGCACAAAAGGGAUUUGAACCAGCAAUUCACGCCCCCGGCUGGGGAAAGUACCCCAACCACUGGAGUACAGCAGGAUUCAAUGUAGGUUCUAGCCCAAUUACUGUUGAGUAGGGCUGUCAAUUAAUUGUAGUUA